AUGAACCUUUGGGCACCAUCUUUUCUGAGUGCUGAGCUGAUAUUCUUUGCAGUGACAGCCACAGGAUUGCUCAUUAAGCCCCGAGAGGGCAGUGUCGCUGGAGGAACGUGGAUUACUAUUACCCUGGACGGCUCAACAUCCCACCAGCUACAAGGCAUCUCUUCAGCCAGCGUGUCCCAGCUGGAGGUGUUCCUGGUGAAUCCUGACCUGCCCACAUUGCCGUGUGAUAUCUCUCCUCUGUAUUUGGACUUACACACUAUAAGAUGCAGAACAAGGUCUUCACCCCAGGAGAGUUUGUACUAUGUGGAGGUGAUCUUUAAAGGGCAUGUAAUUAACAACCUGACUGGGGUGGAGAAAGAAAACUAUACUUUCAAGUUCUCUGCUGUGCAGACACCUGUGGUUCACCAAAUUAGUCCACCAUCUGGCAUCCCAGGAAAUUUAAUAGAGAUCUAUGGGAAGAUAAUUGCUGGAAGAUAUGAGACCCUGGACUUCAAUGUGGAUUAUAUUGAUGGGUAAUUAUAUAUAGGAUGCUAUUUGACCCAGUCCCUGUAAAUUGGCAUUUCUUCCAUCAGCCUCCUUGACAGCAAUAAAUUGCAACCAGUUGGCCCAGAAUUGCCAUUUACUUCCUUUGUGGUUUAUUGCAGCUCAUGAGUUGGGCUCCAGCAAACUUUGUUAAUCUAAUUGCAACUGGUCCAUUAAGCUAGUUGGUUUGUUUACUGGCAGCACAGUCAAUCACAGCUCAGUGUGAAUUGUACUGUAAUUGCAUCUGGUUGCUGUAGAUUUUAUUUUGGUUAGCAAAUUAAAAUUUAACUAAUUAAAAUAAUGUCAGAAUCUAAAAGUUAAAUAAAUUUUCCCUUCCAUUUGC